AUGUUCGGCAACCUGUUUCGCCGGAAGGUAAGUUAUAAAAGUUAUAUUGUGCAUGCUGGAAUGAGCGUUUAGAAGCAGCCCACGGAGACUGUAAAGGAGCAUACUCCAAACUGCUUGUACUCCCAAACUUCCAGAUCUCCCAAAAUAAGCUUUUGCUCGGUCUCGUCGGUUCAGAGCUUCUCUUCGACGACUACGUUGUACUCAAGACAAUGUCCAAGUUCUUCCCAACCCUCUGAUUCGUAUCAAUCUCAACUUAGAUUCUGUUGUAGGCGCUCUGAAUCUGCGUUGUUGGCCGAGAAACAUCCCAAUAAAGUUCUUGUAAGUUCUAAAUUCUUUAUUAUAGUCAUCAUAAUUACCGUAAUAGUCUGAUAUAUAUAUUUUCUACUUUAGUUGAUCAUCGAACGGUUUAAAACCGAGAAACAGUUGCGGAAAAUGGACAAGAAGCAUUUCCUCUUGCCCCCCGAGGCGACCGUUGCUCAAUUAAAGCACGUAAUCAGGUACGUUUGUCACUGAAUCUUAUCUGUUGUUCAGUUCGAGGGUUUCGGCGAGGAAUGAGUCCCUCUUUUUGCUUAUCGAUGAUGAGAUUCCGGACUCAACCACCAGCAUCAGAGAGCUGGCACGACGACAUCGGGAUCCUGAUGGAUUUCUGUAUGUAAAAUACUCUUCCGAAGAUACUAUGGGAUAG